GCCUCGCUCUGAAGACCGUUCUCUUCCCUCUGCUUCUCCGCCACGCCUCUACGGCGUCGACGCGUCAUCCUCCCCCACCAGUUGCUCCUUCCUUCUCCCUCCGACGCCGCCGCUAGUGCUUCUUAUUCUGUCUCCUGCCUCGCAGCGCGCUCGAGACGCGCUAACCGCUCAACCGGCGCAGCUUCGCCAGUCGACCACUCCCGUGACUCUACAGUACGUCUACGGUGCCAGUGUCAAGUGCUUCGACUUCAAUCUCUACUACCCAAACCAACUUUGUAAACGAUAAUCAUGGCAGCUUCCCAAUACUACCACACUCAGUGUACACCUACGGUGUACCCAGCUGAUCCGUUCGAUGCAGAAUCGGAUGCGGCAUUGCUGAGAACAGCCAUGAAAGGGUUUGGAACCGACGAGCAGGCAAUAAUUGAUGUUCUGGCUCAUCGUGGAAUAGUACAACGCCUCGAAAUUGCUGACAAAUUUAAGACUAUGUAUGGCAAGGAUCUGGUUUCCGAAUUGAAGUCCGAGCUCGGUGGAAAUUUUGAAAAAGCAAUCGUUGCUUUGAUGACACCUCUUCCUGAGUACUACGCUCGAGAGCUACACGAAGCUAUUUCUGGCAUUGGUACCGACGAAGGUGCCAUUAUCGAAGUACUUGCCUCUCUAAGCAAUUAUGGAGUGAAGACGAUUUCGGCUGUCUACAAAGAUCUAUAUGGCACCGAACUGGAAGAAGAUCUGAAGGGAGAUACGUCUGGCCACUUCAAGAGGCUCCUUGUGUCGCUUUCAUGUGCCAAUCGGGAUGAAAGCACUGAUGUGGAUGCAGCUGCAGCAACCGAGGCUGCUGAAAAACUCCUUGAAGCUGGAGAAGGCCAAUGGGGAACCGAUGAGAGCACUUUUAACUCAAUUUUAAUCACAAAGAGUUUCCCUCAGUUGCGUAGAAUUUUCCAGGAAUACGAACGCCUGGCUGGAAGUGAUUUAGAGGACGCUAUUAAGCGAGAAUUCUCAGGAUCCUUGGAAGACGGGUACCUUGCUGUCGUGAGGUGUGCUCGAGACAAGACGAAAUACUUUGCUAAGAGGCUGCACGAUGCCAUGUCUGGAAUCGGAACGACUGAUUCUACUUUAAUUCGCAUAAUUGUGGCACGUUCCGAGAUCGAUCUAGGUGACAUUAAAGAUGCGUAUCAGGAAAAGUAUGGACAGUCCCUCGCAGCGGAUAUCGAUGACGACUGCUCAGGAGACUACAAGAAACUAUUGCUUGCUCUGCUUGGCUGAGAGAAUUUAUUCUCACAACUUCUAUACAGUGUCUUGUAUUAAUUCAGGGAUGGUGGUUGCCGUGCAUGAUUCAACAUGCAUUUAAAAUUUAGAUUAUUUUCAUCCGUCCUUAUUACCUGCAGUAGCAAGUAGCGAGGACUGAUUACGUUGUUCACUUCAUGAAUUAAUUAAAGUACAAGAAAAAUACAGGUUAAGGGCAAUCGCUGUAAGCUGGAGAACGUGAAGUUACUUAAACUAGUUUAUAAAACAGGGAAAUCGUACUGUGUAUUUUUAAGUACUCUUAUGUAUCAGAUUACUAAAAGCUCAUGUAAAUAAUGUCAAUAAUCACAAUUAACACGUACAUCUCGCCAGCAUUUAAUUAUUACAUAAAAAUACAUGAUUCGGAUAUUGAA